AAGAUGGGUCCGUAGAAGUGUUUUCCGUGAUGCAUACCUGUCCAUCCAACAUGUUCUUUUUAUGUUGCAAAGGAGAUGAAGAUCCCUUAUGUGCAUAUCCUCAAGCUACUGUUGGACUUGCAGGAUUUAAUAUCUCAGUGGAACAGCUGCUGCUGCUAACUGAAAAACCCAAUGAACUUCCAUUUAAUAUCAAAGAAGACAUAACUGAUGUUCGUCUAGUUCUUCCUGGAUUCACCUCAGCUAUCAGCAGGUAUUCGAGUCACUGUGACAUUCAGAGUCAGCAGUUAUCAGUUCAAGGUCAUUGCAAUUCUAAAUUUGACAAGAGCAUUACAGACAACAUACAAUCAAGCAAUGAAGCAAGACCAUGUGACAGUGCCACAUAUCACAGCAGUUUUACAUUGAAAUCUACCACUAAACUGCUUCACCGAAGCCACAAUGGAGAAAAUCUCUAUGAACAUUUAACAAAUAAGAGUUUUACACAGAAGGUGGCCCAAUCAACACAUGAAGAAAUGCACACUGGAGAAAAGUCUCAUACGUGCACCACUUGUGGCAAGUGUUUCACACAAAAGUCUUCACUUUCAGUACAUGUGAAAAUACACAGUGGAGAAAGGCCACAUAAGUGUGCCACUUGUGGCAGGGGUUUUAGACAAAAGAGUGCACUUUCAGUGCAUGAAAAAAUACACACUGGAGAGAAACCUUAUAAAUGUACUUCAUGUGGCAAGAGUUUUAGAAAGAAGAUUCACCUUUCUACACACGAUAUGAUACAUACAGGUGAAAAGCCAUAUACAUGUGCCAGUUGUGGAAAGUGUUUCACACAAAAAUCUUCACUUUCAGUACAUGUGAAAAUACACAGUGGAGAAAAACCACAUAAGUGUGUCACUUGUGGCAGGGGUUUUACUCAAAAGCCUGCACUUACAGUGCAUGAAAAAAUACACACUGAAGAAAAACCUUAUAAAUGCACUUCAUGUGGCAAGAAUUUUAGAAAGAAGGUUCAGCUUUCUUCACAUGAGAGAAUACAUACAGGUGAAAAGCCAUAUACAUGUACUAGAUGUGGCAAGAGUUUUAGACUGAAGACCAUUCUUUCAAAACAUGAAACAGUUCAUAGUGGAGACAAGCCAUAUAAAUGUGUCACAUGUGACAGAAGUUUUACACAAAAAAGUACCCUUUCAUCACAUGAGAAAAUACACACUGGGGAGAAGCCAUAUGCAUGUAUCACAUGUGGCAAGAGUUUUAUACGGAAGACGCACCUUUCAAUACAUGAAAAAGUGCACACUGGAGAGAAGCCAUAUACAUGUAUCACAUGUGGCAAGAGUUUUACACGGAAGACAUACCUUUCAGCCCAUGGCAAAAUACACACGGGAGAAAAGCUGCAUAGGUGUGGUAUAUGUGGGAAAAGAUUUACACUAAAGACUACACUUUCUGUACAUGAGAAAUUGCACAGUGAAGAAAAACCACACAAGUGUGUAACUUGUGGCAAAAGUUUUGCACAAAAAGUUACACUGUCAACCCAUGUGAAAAUGCACAUUAGAAAGAGUCAGCAAUACAAAAUAUGAGAAUAAAGUUCAGCAAGGAGAAUUUAGCAGCCUGAAACUAACACUGAAGACUACUUUGAUAUCUCUGAAUAAAGUUCAAGCUAUAAAUCAGUUUGAUCUCCAUACUUUGGCUUUUGAUCAGGUGUCCCCAGAAGUGUUGGAUCAGUUGGAUAGAAAGGCAAGAAUGCUGCUUAAUGCCUGUUUUAUAUAAAAUUAUCCUUUGGUCUUGCAUUGAUGUCCUUGCAGUUACUUGUAUGCAUAGGUCAGUAUUGUGGGACUACAUGCAUAUCUGUUGUCAUCACUGGCGCCAAAUAAAGUGAAUGUUCUAAAGCAAGAAGAAGAAAAGUGUAAAAUGAUGCUACAUAGAUUAUAUAAAGCAUUUUAAAAAGGAAACGUUAUGAAACUCAAAGCAGAAGUGGAGAAAAGCAUGACCAGAAGAAAAUAAAGUAAAAUUGUAAAGUCCACAAUAAAGAUAUCACUAGAACAAUUAUAUGUUGGUCAAUAUUUGACAUAUGAAUGGCCAAGGUGAUAUAAACCUGUAACACAGAAUGAAAGGUUAAUAAUGUUCAUAAAAAUCUGUAGAAAAUCUUAAUAGAUGUAAACAAAUGAAGUACAGAACAGGAAACUAAUAUUUAAUCCAACAAAAUGCCCUGCUCUAACUAACAUCCUUUCCCCAUACACCCCAAAUAGAACUCUCAGGUCUGAACACCAAAACUUUAAUUACUGUCGACAAACCUAAACGUCCUGCUGGACAACUUCUCCUUAGGUAGGAAAUGGAACUCUCCCUUCCACACUAAGGACAAU